GUCGAAUGAAUGGAGGGGGCGAUGAGGAGUGAGAGUUUUAAACGGGGGCGCAAAGAGAAAGAGGAAAACGCUUGGAAAAGUUAUUUUAAGCGGGAAAAAAAAGAAGAAGAGUAGUCAGGAAGGGUCGAUAGCAAUAAAGUCACCUCGUUGGCGAAUACAUUGUAACGAGGAACCCCAGCUAUUAUGGAUGCUUUCUAUAGCAGUGGAAUCUGGUUUGCAGAGACCCUGCAGAGGGUGCCCUGCUUGGAGGAUUUCUGGCUUUGGGUGACCUUCUUGGGUGAUCCGAAAUGUGUCUUCCUCGUCUAUUUCCCAACGGCUUAUUUCUUGGACCAGAAGGUUGGGGUAAAAGUGCUCUGGCUGGGCUUAAUCUCUGAAUCGCUCAAUUUAGUCUCUAAAUGGUUCUUGUUUGGUGAGCGGCCUUUCUGGUGGGUGUUCGAAUCUGGAUAUUCCAGUAACAAGGAUGUCUCUCUCCACCAAUUCCCCGCAUCCUGUGAGACGGGACCAGGCAGUCCUUCCGGCCACUGUAUGAUCACCGGGGCAGCGCUCUGGCCGAUUGUAACUAUGUUGUCUGCAUGGUCAUAUCAGCACUCCAAGAGCCAGAUGAUGAAGGCCCUGCCCUUCACUGUUUACCUCCUAUUCCUGCUGGCUGUGGGGCUUUCACGGAUCUUCAUCCUGGCUCACUUUCCCCACCAGGUACUUGGUGGCAUCCUGGCAGGAAUCUCUCUUGGCUGGCUGCUGGAAUCCCGGAUCCCAAUAGAGAGAGAACUUAGCUUCUAUCUGUGGGCUUCGCUAUCCCUUCUAUUAGGUGUCUUGACGACCUAUUGGACCUUGAUAGCUCUUGGUGUAGAUCUUAACUGGUCCAUCAGCCUUGCUACCAAGUGGUGCGCCAAUCCCGAGUGGAUCCGCAUAGACACGCGGCCCUUUGCAUCGCUGAGUCGCGAUGUAGCUACAGCUCUUGGCCUCGGGCUGGCUCUCCAUUCCUCCUCCUACACCCAGCACAAACGGGAGAAGCUCAGCCGGCCUCAGCGAGUCUUGUGUGCCUGCUUGGCCGCUUUGGUCCUGAAGUUCCUGAGCGACACAGCACAACCAGAGACUGAAGUUUUCUGGUACGGGUUCACCUUUGUCAAGUAUGCCACAUUUCCUUGGGUGGUAGGAGCGCUGCUUCCCAGUCUAGUCCAUGCUGUAGCAUCUAAGAAGACGUCAUCGCGUACCAAGAGUAGCUAGGAGGUGGGCUCCUUGUUCCUCAAAGAACGUAGGAGGCAAACCUAGUAGGCCUCAGCUUGUUUCUCAUCUUGCGAUGGGAAGGGUUUUUCCCACAGACGAAGAUUGCUGUGUCAACCAGAAACGGUUCCCUUGAAAGAACCAUUCCACUUGGGCCGAGACCAUUUCUUCUGUUAGUCUGAAACAGUCCUCUCCAGGUCUCCGGCUUCUUUUGCUUCGAAUCCUUCCUGUCCCCACCUCUGGCAAGCUAAAAUAUUGCUGCGCACCCAUCAUACAUACACGGGAACUACUCUUUGUAUUCAGGUCCCAGAGCGCAACCAAAAAAGUUGAGGUUAGAUGUUAAGACAGGAGAGAGAGGAAGGAGCCCGAGAAACUCUUUGCUUGGCCAGGCAGUGGGAUAAUCUUAGUCAAAGA